GUUGCUGUUGCCGGAGCGGCACCGUCCGCGUGGGAGCGUUGCUGGGCAGCGCUGCUUCCUCGGGGGGGGAGGAGGGAGCCCCGCUCUGCCCUGUUGGAGCAGCAGGCGCCAUGUCGUUCCCCGACCCCCGCACCUCCCUGCGGCUGCCCAGCGGCUUCGAGGAGAUUUUGUACGCCAUGGCCCGCGAGGUGCUGCGGGCGCAGCCCGACGACGUGCUGGGCUUCAUCACCCGCUACUUCCAGGCGCUGCUGGCGGAGAGGGAGCGUAACUCCGCUGCACGAAGGACGGGGCAGAACGAGGUACCGCCGAGCGGGGCGGUGAUGGAGCAGCAGGAAGCGGCGACAAAAAUCCAGGCUGCGUUCCGGGGCUACAGCACGAGGAAGGACCUGCGGGGGGUGCGCAGAGCCCACUCGGACCCCCCGCCCAGCGUCGGACCCCCGGGACUGCCUGUAACCGGGACAGCCCCGGCAGGACGCGGCCCGAGCGGGCGCCUCGUCCUCCAUUUGGAAACAUCCUGACCCAAAACGAGGAGCCACGACUGAGAAACCUACAUUUCUCUUCUCUCAGGGCGGAAAAUGAGCUCCCACACUGCGCCGAGGCGCCCGCAUAAUGAGAAGUUAAUAAAAUGCCUGCAAUAGCACUAUC